AUGACUGAUCCUUUGAGCAUUACUGCCUCUGUGCUCGCAGUUACUACAGUCGCCAUUCAGUCGACGAAGUCGCUCUGCGACACCGUCAAACGCUUCAGGGGUCGCGACAAAACCUUGCGUCGACUUCAAGAUGAGCUCGAGGAUCUCGCCAAUAUUUUGAAUUCGUUGUCGCAAAUGUCAGAUGCGGAGACGCCAAUGUUGGCGCUUCUUGAAGGUCCUAUUGAUCGAUGUAGCCAAGUGUGCGACGACUUCGAACGAUCAAUGAAAGUUUUCAGUGGAAAAUCAAACCCUGGCUUUCGAGAUUGGACAAAGAUGGAAUUUAUGAGGGGCGAUAUCAAUGAAUUUAUAGACGCGAUCACAGGGUAUAAGCUGACAAUCUCGGUCGGCCUGGGCACUGUUACCAUGCAUACUUCCAAAGUCUCCCACCAAGUUCUUCAAGAGUUCAAUGAGGUGAUCCAGGAUACUGUAUAUAACCUUAAGGUCCACUUGCAGCGAAUUGAUGAGAAAAUGGGACAAUUUACUAUCGAAAACACUAGUGCCUCAAACAUAAACAUAGACUUGAAGGACGAAAGGGCAGUGACCAAACAGUGUCUUCGUAUUUGUGAAGACGCGAGGACUUAUAUGGAAUCAGUGAGAAACCGAGAAUUUCCUGUGCAUCAAGAGAAACAUGCUACCGAAGAUGAUAUGCGAGACUGCUUUGAAGCGGAGCUCUUAACACGUCAAACUUUAGAUGAAAGCAGAGACAGCUUCGCAGAGAUCAUUGGCCACCUGCGAGGACGCUUACAAUCCCUAAUCCUGAAUGGAGAUGCUAGAAAUGAGGAUGAGAGAUUGCGGUUACAGGAAGAUAUCAACAUUUCGAAGCAGUGCCUAGAUGUGUGCAAAGUGGCCAGCGAGGUUUCUCAUAAGAAGAUAUACAAAAUUGGGGAGGCGAUUGCUGACGGCGAUAGCGAUCAAGUAGUGGUGACUACUUUAGCGGACCUAUUCGACGUCAAGAAAGCGAUAUCGAAAGGAAAUUCAACGCAGCUGGUUGGGUCCAUGACGGAAGAGGCUCUUCGGCACCUGGCAGAAAAGCGUUAUAACAGUCGCUUUGGGGCUCCAGCAAAUGCCUACAACUCUGCUGAAACCAGCAGCACCAGCUCGCCUUUAUUCUCAGAGUCUCAAAAAGGUAGACAUACUCUUCCGCCACAAACUGGCAACUUCCAGCAGUCUUCGAGGUCGAAACUAGGAAGUGAUAUACCGUCUUGCAACGAGGUGAGAAAACGGGGGGUGGGUGGAGCAACAGACUAA